AUGUGUCUUGUCUCCUCCUGCAGCCUUCGCAGAACUCCAGACGGACAUCCAGGAGCUGACCAACGAUAUGGAUGGGGUGAAGAUCCCCUUCCUGGAGUAUCGGACCUACACCAUGAGAGUCAUGUUCCCUGGGAUCGAGGAGCACCCGGUCCUCAAAGAUCUGGACUCUCCGGCUAACGUGGAGAAGGCUCUGCGUCUCUUCAGCCAGCUGCUGAACAACAAGAUGUUCCUGCUGACCUUCAUCCACACACUGGAGGCCCAGAGGUCCUUCUCCAUGAGGGACAGAGGGAAUGUGGCCUCGCUGCUGAUGGCCGCCCUGCAGGUACCACCACACUGCCGCUGCCUGAAGGGGAGGGCCCGUGGUUGUCGGGCGUCAGGGUCUACAAGCAACACCAGGGGGCGUCAUGUGUGA